AUGUUGCGCAAAAAUCUCAUCAUUGAGAUAGGUGGAAGGAAGUACCAGAUCCAGGGUUCUGUUGGUAAAGGUGGUCCUUCUCAAGUGUUCAAAGCAUACAUUGACAGCGAUCCUGAUCAACUUGUUGCUCUAAAGGUACAAAAUCCACCUUCCCCUUGGGAAUUCCACAUGUAUCGCCAACUUGAUUGCAGGAUCAAAGAGAGCCAAAGAUCAAGCUUUGGAUUGGCCCAGAGAGUGCACGUGUAUUCAGACUACAGCAUACUUGUGUGCGAUUACCUAUCAAACGGGACACUCCAUGACGUCAUAAAGUCACAAGCCAAACUUGGCAAUGGCAAGGGCAUGGAAGAACUUUUGCGCAUGCAUUACUCAAUAGAGAUGCUCUACAUGCUGGAAACUUUGCACAACAAAAACAAACGGAUACAUUCUUUGAUUCAGGAACAGGCUCUUGGAGUAGCCAGGGUCUCUGUCUUGUCGAUUGGGGUAGAGGAAUAG